AAAGAGAAGGGGCCGGCCGGGACUUCCAAGACCUCCCGCCCCGCCAGGCAAACCAAAUCAACAAAAACAUCGCAUCUCUGAUCUGGCGCCUCGAGGGAGGGAGGCGAGCGAGGGCGUGGCCUGAAACCAAGGCUACUUUAGAGAGGCGCGCAGACGGACCGAGCACGUCAGGCCCCUCCCCUCCUCCUCCCCCCCUCCUCGCGCGGUCUCACUCUCUGUUGUUGUUUCUUUCAGGCCGAGGCGGUAGGGGUUGAGGGGACGUGUGGGGAGCGCGCGCGCAAGGGGGGGAGAAAGAGAAGAGAUUGUUUCUGUGUUUGUCUCGCGAGAUCAGCGUUGGCGCCGUGACCUCCAUGUGAGAGUAGCAGCGGCUGGUAAACAGUCCUCAGGGUUAGGACAUGGCUCCCGCCGGCACCCGUUAGAUUCGCUUUGCCGGGCAGCCCGGACAGGGUUUGCCGCCAUUUGAAGUAAGCUAUAUCGAGCCAUUGACGAGGUUUGGUCGGGCGGGAAGGAGGGAACGGGCGGAGGUGGAACCGAAGUAGCUGGUUCGCUGGCUGGUGGAGCAGUGGUGGAGGGAAGGAGGGAGAGGAGGAAGGCCAGCCGGCCGUUGAGGAGCCUUGCGGUGGCCCUCGGGGUUAAGGGAAGAGUCUCCCCUUCCAUCUCUUCUUAUUCCCUCCACCGUAAUAAGCUGCGAAAAACCCGAGGCGGGCAGCGCCUCUCCCGCCCCUUCUCUCCUCUCCCGGGAGCUGGGAGCGCGCCAUGUGGAUCCAAGUCCGCACCAUCGACGGCGCCCAAACCCAGACCAUCGACGACCUAAGCCGCCUCACCAAGAUCGAGAGUCUGCGCGAGAAGAUCCAGGAGAGCUUCCGCGUGAGCCCCGACCGGCAGCGCCUUUUCUACCGGGGCAAGCAGCUUGAAGAUGGACAUACCUUAUUUGAUUACAAUGUUGGACUCAAUGAUAUAGUUCAACUUUUGAUACGCUCAGAUUCUGAUGCUUCUAGUACUCCACUGACUAAUCAAGAUGGAAAACCCAGUCCCUGUGCAGUUGCCAAUUGUAAGAACAAAGUCAAGCAAGGAGCAAACAGUGAAACAUCUAAUCUGCCAUCUACAUCUGCCCGCUCAUUUCUCAUUGAUCCUGGCAUUGGACAAUACAAGAUAAAUGAAUUGGUGGAUGCCCGAGAUGUCACUAUAGGAUCCUGGUUUGAAGCCCAUAUAGAAAAUGUAACUCGAACAACAAAAGGACAUAAAAAUGGAAAAGCUCAAGGAAAGGGUGGAAGUAAUUACAAAAGGACUAAUGGAAGUUUAAGCCAAGAUCAUUCUAGAGAAAAUACGAAUAAUUUGGACAAUGCACCUUCUACGUCUUAUUCAGAUUAUAUGGACAAUGAUGAAGAUAAUAUAUAUCAUAUCAAGUAUGAUGAAUACCCAGAGAGUGGCAUAGUAGAAAUGAUUGGCCGUAAUCUACGACCAAGAGCAAGAACUCUUUUGAAAUGGAAUGAGCUACAUGUGGGUGAUGUGGUGAUGGUUAACUACAACGUAGAGAGUCCCGAAGAGAGAGGCUUUUGGUUUGAUGCAGAAAUUACUGCUCUGAGGGAAAUUUCAAGGACUAACAAAGAAGUUUAUGCCAAAAUUAUGCUUGGAGGCCCAGGAGAUGUCAUAAAUGAUUGCAAGCUACUUUUUAUAGAAGAAAUAUACAAGAUUGAAAAGCCAGGAGCAUAUCCACUAACAUUUGCAGAUGGAGAAUUCAGAAGAAAGAGUGGCCCUGAAUGCAAGCAUUGCAGAGCUGAUCCAGAUAAAGAAUGUCGAUUUUGUUCUUGUUAUUUGUGUGGAGGAAAACAGGAUGCCCACAUGCAACUUCUCUGCGAUGAAUGUAACAUGGCCUACCACAUCUACUGCUUGAACCCACCUUUAAGCAAGAUACCAGAAGACGAGGACUGGUAUUGCCCAUCCUGUAAAAAUGAUUCGGAUGAAGUUGUAAAAGCUGGAGAAAAGCUCAAGCAAAGUAAAAAGAAGGCAAAGAUGCCAUCCGCUUGCACAGAUAGCCAACGUGAUUGGGGCAAGGGUAUGGCUUGUGUCGGUCGUACUAAAGAAUGCACUAUUGUUCCCUCUAACCACUAUGGACCCAUACCUGGAGUUCCUGUUGGAGCAACGUGGAAAUUCAGAGUACAGGUGAGUGAAGCAGGUGUUCACAGACCUCAUGUUGGUGGAAUUCAUGGACGUAGUAAUGAUGGAGCUUACUCUCUUGUGCUGGCUGGAGGAUUUGAAGAUGAAGUAGAUCGAGGAGAUGAAUUUACUUACACAGGGAGUGGUGGAAGAGAUCUUUCUGGCAAUAAAAGGAUUGGAGAACAUUCUUUUGAUCAAACUCUAACACACAUGAACAGGGCACUGGCCCUAAAUUGUGAUGCUCCACUGGAUGAUAAAAACGGAGCUGAAUCUAAAAACUGGAGAGCUGGGAAACCCGUUCGUGUGGUUCGGAGCUCAAAAGGCCGAAGGAUCAGCAAAUAUGCCCCUGAAGAAGGCAAUAGAUAUGAUGGCAUUUACAAGGUGGUAAAAUAUUGGCCAGAAAUUGGAAAAUGUGGAUUCUUAGUGUGGCGUUAUCUUCUGAGAAGAGAUGAUGCUGAACCUGCACCUUGGACUUCAGAAGGAAUUGAACGAUCAAAGAAAUUGGGCCUGAGUUUACAGUACCCAGAAGGCUACCUGGAAGCCAUGGCUAGUAAAGAAAAGAAGGAAAAAGUGAAAAAGCAACCUAUGAAACAGGAGCCAACAGAGCAGAGCAAUGGAAAUCAAAAAAGACCAAUGGAUGAUGAAGGUAUAGAAGAACCUACAAACACGGCCAAAGUCAUGAAAUUAGGAGAUGGAGGAAGAGGAGAAGCUUUCCAGUUAACUCAGCAACAGCAGUGGCUGAUUCGGGAAGAUUCUCCAAACCAGAAACUGUGGGAUGAAGUUCUAGCUUCUCUUAAGGAAGGACCAAAUUUUUUGAAAAAACUGGAACAAUCUUUUAUGUGUGUCUGCUGUCAGGAGCUGGUUUACCAACCAGUGACCACAGAGUGCCUCCACAAUGUCUGUAAAAGCUGUCUGCAGCGCUCUUUCAGGGCUGAAGUCUUCACUUGCCCCGCUUGCCGACACGACCUUGGAAAAGGUUACACCAUGGUUCCCAACAAGAUAUUGCAGACACUGCUGGACCAGUUCUUCCCUGGUUACAGCAAAGGACGAUGAUACGUGUUCAGUUCCCAGCAUACUUCCCUAAUGACUUUCAGACUGUAAAAAGAGAAGAAGCUAGGAAAACGCAGCAGUGGAUCAGCUGGCUUGAGAGAAUUCACUUUACUGUCAUAUUGUGAAGCAGCUAAUUCAACCUUCUUUCUGAUUUAGCAAUCUUUUUGUGUAGUGAGAACUUCAAAUUUUUGGCUUCAGCAUUGAAGGUAGUUUUGGACAGAUGACAACUAGUUUGUACACAGGAAAAAGCAACCUUGGCUCCAGCCACAGCAGAUGCUUUAGUUUCUUUUUGUAACUACCUCAGAUGGAGGAAAACAAUUUGUGCGAAUUUUU